GAUGGCAGUAAUACGACACAGAAUGAUGUGAAUCCGCCAAUGAAAGUGUUGGCUCUAGAGUAUCUGCGUCCACUUCCGCGUAUACUUCUAACAUUAACUGUGUUUAUGUCUAAAUUUAGAAUACGAAGUUAUUCUUGUUCAUCACGCGUUGUCUGACAAACUGUAACAUGGCUAAUUGCAAAGAAGCUGAAGCCCAGCUUUCUGAGAUUGAACUUCUUCUGAGUAUGUUCCCAAAUAAGGAAGAGCUUCUUUUAAAUGAUGAGCUGGCAUUAGCAGAACUACGGGACUUCUGUGAGGGAAAAGCAUUUACAACUCCAUCUUCCAGGGUACACUAUACAAUACAGCUAAAGCUAGAAACUGAAGCUGAUGAUGUGGUUGUUGCUUCAAUAUCCUUCACUUACCCUUUGAGGUAUCCUUCAGUUAUACCAGAAAUUAUUGUCAGGUCACCCGCAAUUGGCAGAACACAGCAAACACAGCUGCAAACAGCACUAAACACUUUCUUGAAUGACAGUUGCCAUGGAGAUGUUUGUGCUUUGACUGCUCUUGACUGGAUCAAAGACAAUGCCCCUUCUUUUAUUAUUAAGAAGCCUUUAACAUCUGACUCAAGUAUCCCAGAAACGGCUUUGAGCUGCACUUUCACAAGACUUUGGAUCUACAGUCAUCACAUUUAUAACAAGCACAAAAGAAAAGAUAUUCUAGAUUGGUCAAAAGAACUUGAAUUGACUGGGUUCAGCAUGCCAGGAAAACCUGGUAUUGUGUGUGUAGAAGGGCCUCAGGGUACCUGUGAGGAGUUUUGGGCAAGGUUAAGACGACUGUCGUGGCAGAGAAUAUUUAUUUGUCAUAGAGAGGACAUAACUUUAAUGGAAAACGGAGAAGAAGAUAUGAAAGAAUGUAGAAGGUUUUCUAAUUUUGAAGAAGCAAUUUUUGAUGUGUCUGGAAAAAGGAGUCAACAUAUGGACUUGGGACAGUUAUAUACUUUUCUAAAUGAAAGAGGUUGUGGAGAUGUGUUUAGAUUGUAUUUUAAAAUUGGUGAAAAAUAAAUACCAAAGCAUCAUUCUUUGUUUACAAAUGACAAUAUGAUUAUUCCAGUAACACUACAAACUGAUUUUACUUAUGGUUUUACUUUAUUUAUAACAUACUGAAUGAAAACACUUCCAUUUUUAAAGGAAUCCCUGUAUGUAUGAUUAUCAAGUCUGUAUGAUGAAAUGUAUUUUCUUACAUCGGUGUAACUAGUAAGCAGGAUAUUGCAUGACUAUAAUUAUGAGUAUUAUGUGAAUCCUAGUGAAAGGUUUUGAAUUUGGCCUUACUAGGCCUGAGCUCUUUAUCUUAACUUGAAAACUUUUUUUUUUUUUUAAAUUUCUGUAAUUUUUGAGACUAAUGUGGAAUUGAUGUUUUAUAAUAUUUUUAUUUGCUGUUACCAAUUACAUUGUAUUGUGCAGUCUGUGGAGUGGGUUUUUGUCCUAACUAAGGGGCUUUGCCCCCUGCUCGCUUCACUUGCCAACCCCUUAGAUUCGCUCCUCCGAAACCCCUCUUAAAUGGUGAUACAAUGGCAAACAAAUAGUUUUGUUUUUUUUUUGUUUUUUUUACCUCCUUUUUUGCUCGAUCAGUUGCUGGCUUGCUGCUGCUACUAUGCCACGUGAUCUGCAUCUCAUGUGGCACUUCAAACAUUUUAAAGCCAGUACAGCAGCUCUCCUUUUUUUCUCACUUGCCUUGUCUCUCUUCUCCCCCAAACAUCCUCAAACACUAUUCGAUCUCUUUUUGCUGUUCAGUUAUUUCACCGAGUAAUAUUUUCCGUUUCUUUGCGCUAAUGCAAUCUAUACUAUCAUUUUUUUGAGACUUUCGAAUUGUCCUACUUCCACUAUCUCUAACCUUCUCUGCUUGUGUAUCUCACCAACGUUUUUGAAUACUUUACGAUGUUCUACUUUGUCUUUUUCCAGCCACAAAUUUUUAAGAGAUGAGAACACUGGAAGUGUGUCUGCCAAAAGCAGUCCAACAACUGAGAGGUUAGAUGACUGUGGUCUUGUUUGAAAAUGGUUGUAAGUAGGAUGUGACUUGACUGACUUGGGGGAUGUGAAAGUGUAUCUCUUCAAAAGAUCACGUCUCGUCCCAAGAUUUUUUUUAUAAUAGAGAGAAAUGUAAACAAGUAUUCAUUUUUUGCAAAACAUUUUCACCUUUGGUUUCUGAACAAAAAAUGUUAUUUAAAUAUACAAGCCCCCAAAAUAAUCUCAGUAACCUGCUUGAAAGGUUUUUUAUUUUUAUUAUUUUUUAUUCUCUUAUCAAUUAUAGCAAAUUAAAAUAAUGACAAAAAAGGGUGUGUCUUGUUAUAAUUUUUAAUGAUUUCAAUGCAUAUUGUAAGAAGUGCAGCUGAAAUUUAAAGAAAUAAAUACUGGUCCUUUUAUAUUGAAUAGAUACACACUCUAGAUGAACUGCCACAAUUUUAAGAUUCAGUUAAAAUUUGUUAGUUAAUAGGAAAUGAUUUCCAUACUUUGAUUUGUACUGGGUGUCCCCAUUUUUUAAACAGGAAAUUGUAUUUGAUAGUGAGGCUUGCCAUACUGUUAUUGUUAAAUCUAGAAUCCUACUGGAGUAAUGAGUUGUUAGCCAUACAGUAUGCAUGUUUCUGCAUCUCUUGGUGUGAUUUUAUAGAAAUGUGCCUGAUCACAGUAUUAUGAAGCAAAGUUAGGCUGGAGUAUGAUGACUUUUAUGUGAAGUAUUGCCCAGGUAAUGAAGGAAGGGGAAGAAUAAAAGUGACAGUACACUAUAGCAAGCCAGUGGUAAGUAGUGAUUUCAAAAUAGGUCAGUAGGGCAGCAAAGUAGUUAAGGUCAAAGUGACUGGUUACCUUAAACUAGUGUCAGAAACAGUAGCCUGCCGUGAACAACGUCUGCCCACCAUGAUUUCCAGUACUGUUGUAGAUAGUCAACCAUAAACAGAAGUGUUUGCAGGAAUACAAAUAGCUAGGUGAAUUUGUAUUGCUUUCAAAUGUUGACAUUUUGCCAGAUUAAAGACACUGUUGAAAAAUCACUAAAUAAAAUGUAUUCAUGGGAGGUGGAGCAAAAAUGGACCACAUAAAAAACAAAAAUAAAUAUUAAUAAUAAAAUGGUUUUGAAAAUCAACAAUUAAUGAGAAUAAGAAUAUAUAAAAGUAUAAAGUUAUGUGCCUUGUAAACAAAAACAUUUUUUCUAGGGCACUUUGAAAUUGUAGACAAUGUGUGAGAAUCUUGUAGUGGCAUUGAGGAAUAGAACAAAAUUAGGGUGGGAGACGUACUAAGCAGGUUUGUUAUGUUACAUUUGGAUACCAAAUACUAUUAAAUCUGACAUCAUAAUUAACUCUGUAAAACAGGCCCUGGUAACUAAUCAGACUUAGCCUAUUUUAUUUCAUCCAUUGUCCCACCAUGUUACUGCAUCCCACAUUAUUGGGAUUUUUUUUUUUUUUUUUUUU